UUUGCGUUUGAGACUCUAAUCUUAAUUCAGGGUCUAAACAUGGAUAAAUUAACUGUUAUAUCAGGAACUUUGUUCAUGGCAGCAGAUGUUUUUGCAAUCGUAAGUCUGGCUAUGCCAGAUUGGAUAAUUACUGAUGUAGGAGGUGAUACGCGUCUUGGCUUAAUGUGGUCUUGUAUGACCCUCUACAACAGACCCCAAGUAUGUUUCACACCUGACCUUCAACCGGAAUGGCUUCUAGCGCUAAUAUGUAUCCUCAUUGGAUGUGUUUGUAUAACAAGCACUGUUAUCCUUUUAGCGUCAAGUCAUUUUGAUCGUAAUGUUAUUCCAUAUGCAAGAUGGGUUGGAUUUGCUGCCAUGGUGGCAUUUUGCCUUGCUGCAGUUAUUUUCCCCAUGGGCUUCCAUGUGGAUGAAAUUGGUGGGCAGCCAUAUCAACUUCCUAAUAGUCACCAAGUUGGUAUAUCAUACAUAUUGUUUGUGCUGUCUUUAUGGAUAACUGUAAUAUCAGAGUUGUUUGCAGGGAAAGUAUGUUUACCUCAUUUUUAAGUAAUAACAAGAUAUAUUAAGUUUUCCUUUGGUGAAUUUACAAUUAUUACAGCGAACACACAUAAAUGCAAAUAUGCCAUU